CACUGAGGCGGAUUACGCAGUUGAUUCGACCUGUUUCGUCAAACUGGUCUACAACUAGCACCGUUAGUUCGGGGAAACGCUGCAACAAUCUUCUAAAUUAACCUCAUAAUAUCGUCUUGUUUGAACAGUCUCUUUAGCAGUCAAGACGGUCUGUUGUUUAUAUAGUCGUUACAUAUUCUCUCAAAUUCAUUGAUCUCUUCGCCAUAUCAAUUCGCAUUUCAUGGAAUUCAAACUUGAAACCCUUGGGGAGAAUCAUGGUGCCGCGGGUCAAACUGCUUAUUGUUGUUUCAAGUCUUAUCAAUCUUGGAUUUUCUGGAGCGCCAACAGCACCACCCAAGAGAGCUACAGUUAAAAACAACUCAGGUGUAACCCCAGCGGGGCAGUGUGGGACCUGGGUCAAGGAACCUGAUGGAGGGCUUUUCACAUCUCCGAAUUAUCCUGAGAAAUAUCCUCCAGAUCGAGAAUGCAUAUACAUAAUAGAAGCUUCUCCGAGGCAAUGCAUCGACCUGUUUUUUGAUGAAAAGUAUGCUAUUGAGCCAUCGUGGGAGUGUAAGUUUGACCACAUUGAAGUUAGGGAUGGGCCCUUCAGCUUUUCCCCUAUCAUUGGCCGGUACUGUGGACAAAAGAGUCCAACCUAUGUGAGGUCCAGUGGACGAUACCUCUGGAUAAAAUUUGUGGCAGAUAGUGAAUUAGAGGCCACUGGAUUUUCAGCGCAGUACAAUUUCACCCAAGAUCCUGAAUUCAAAGACCUUGAAGCUCCACCACCUCUUCCAAUUUGUGAGUUUGAUAUGAGCGGGCCAGAGGGGAUUGUGGACUCUGCAAUGGCUGCCAAAGAGGGAAAGGCACUGCAGUCAGAGGCUGUAGACUGCUGGUGGUACAUAAGGGCUCCACCUGGCUCUAAGAUCUACUUGCGUUUCUUGGAUUAUGAGAUGCAGAACUCGAAUGAGUGCAAGCGGAACUUUGUGGCAGUGUAUGAUGGGAGCAGCUCGGUGGAGCACCUGAAAAAUAAAUUCUGUAGCACAGUGGCCAACGAUGUGAUGCUGGUGACUUCAUUAGGUGUAAUUCGCAUGUGGGCCGAUGAGACCAGCCGCAGGAGCCGAUUCCGCAUCCUCUUCACCACCUUCCAAUCGCCUCCAUGUGCAGGAGACACAUUCUUCUGUCAUAGCAACAUGUGCAUCAACCACACACUGGUGUGCAAUGGAAUCCAAAACUGUGUCUAUCCUUGGGAUGAGAAUGGUUGCAAAGAAAAAAGAAAAGCAACUAUCCUGGACAGCCUUGACAAUACCAACGUGACCAUAAUUGGGGUGACCUGUGGAGUAGUGAUUAUCCUGCUCACCGUGUCAAUAAUCAUUCAGAUAAAACAGCCUCGCAAGAAGUACAUCAUUCGCAAGGACAACUUUGACCCCACCCUGCUGCAUGAGGCCUUUGAACCCCCCCACUAUGAGCUGUGCACAAUACGGCAAGCUUCCUCAACUGAUAAUGAGGUUUUAUCAGAGGACUUCCCCAGACUGCAACGCACCUCUUCCAAAUGCAUCCAUGCCCACCACUGUGGCUCCCAGGUUUCCAGCACUCGAGGCAGUCGCAGCGAUCUCAGCCUGCGAGAAGCGGCAGCCAUUCUUUCAGAAAUGCAGGUGGCUGCACAACCCUCAUUCCCCAUGCAAGCUACCCCUACUGGCCACAGGAAUAUUUUAGUAAUGAAGCACAGCUACUCAUAUGAUAUGGCUGAAGAGUACGAUCUGGAUGACGAACUAGAUGAUGGACCCACUAUCAUUCAUGGGCGAGGUGCAUUGGAGAGAACUGUGCAUCGCACAGUAUCCAAUGACUUUUGAUGGUCAUCCAAUACUCAUCACACAACACAUAUCAGCCCUGGUUUUGGAUAGAUUAUUUGCUUAUUGUUUUUAGUCUCUGUGUUUUAUUUGUGGUAGUCAUGCAGUUUGUUUAUUUUGAUGGACAAAAUUGUCUUUUCUAGUCACUCCAUACACAUGUUCACUGUAUGUUAUGGUUACAUAUUCAUAAAGGAUUAUAAAUAAACAUGGAUGUACAUACAGUACAUGUGAACCAUUACACUAUUUUAAUGUUUGUUUUCUUUUCCUGUUUUGCAAAUGACAGUGUACAAAACUUGCUGACUUUUUUGCACUUUUAAACAUUCAUUUGGAUUUCCAUUUUCCCCUAAUAUUGU